AAAUACGUGUGUCCCACCAACGUUUCUUCUUCUCUCUCCGACCAAGCCGCACGUUCCUUUCGGACCGAUCGCCUAACCCCAACCCCCUCCGCCGCCGCCGCCGGAAACCCCCCGCCCGCCUUUCCUCUCCGUCCAUCUCCGCCGUAGAGGCCAUCUUGUUUCCUUAUCGGCCUCAGUCUCUUCCGGAAGCAGUGGUCGGGACCUCUGUCCUCUCAUCUUCCGGAUCGACACCGACGAACAUUUCCUUGGUCCCUGGUAAGCCCUAGAAUCGACACCUUUCCUUUCCCUCGCUCCCUGGAUCUUCUUCCUCCUCGGCGGAGCGCCGCCACCCAUCCCGCUGCCGAGCGCCCAUCGUCUUCCUCCUCGCGCGAGCGCCUCCACAGCAGCUUGCAUAUUAGGUAAAUAUGGCUACGAAAGUUCGCCCACCUAUUACCGACGCAGAAAAACUGGAGGUUGGUGAAAUAGACACAAGAGCUCCUUUUGAAUCUGUCAAAGCUGCAGUGAGCUUAUUUGGUGAAGUUCGGGUUUCAUCUGACAAAUCGGCUGCAAGAAAGCCAAAGGCUCCUCAAGCGGAGAGGGUGUUAGCUAAGGAGACAGAACUGCACUUGGCCCAGAAAGAGUUGAAUAAAUACAAGGAACAGCUGAAUAAUGCUGAAAUAACCAGAGUACAAGCCCUCUCUGAGCUAGAGAAAGCUAGAAAAACUGUUGAUGAGCUAACAACUAAGCUGGAUGCAAUCAGCAAGUCUAAAGAGCUGGCUAUUCAAGCCACAGAAGAUGCAAAGGCUCGAACCAAGCAGCUUGAACAUGGCAGCUCGAAUGAAGCUGUUGGAAAAGACAGUUCUUUGAAGCAGGAACUGGACAGUGCAAGGCAACAGUAUGCAACUGCCCUAGCAGACCUUGAUGCAGCAAAACAGGAGCUUAGGAAGCUUAAGAAAGAUUUUGAAACCUCAUUAGAUAUGAGGCUGUCUGCUGCCCAGCAGGAAGAGGAAUCAUUGCACUCAACUGAAGCCAACAAGGAAAAGGCUGCUCAACUUCAUAAUGAGGCUGCAACAAUUCAAGAAUCGCUUUUGCAUGUGAAGGCAGCGACACAGCAAGCAAAUGAAGAAGAGUCACAAAUCCUUGCUGAGAAGGAUGUCGCCAGGAAAACAUACAAACAAGCUUUAGAAGAAACUGAGAAGAAAUUGUCAAUUUUGAGAAAUGAAUUUGAUCCUGCUGCUUAUAAAACUCUUAAAGAAAAGCUAGAUGAGACCAACUCUGAGAUUUUAUCUAUGCAGAAAAAGAUUGAAGAUGCCCGGGCUUUAGAUUUAGAGUCUGUUGCUGCUGUCACCACAGAGUUGGAUGACGCUAAGGAGAUGUUGCAGAAAGUAGCAGAAGAGGAAAGCUCUCUUCGGAGUUUAGUAGAAGCACUGAAACUGGAGUUAGAAGCUGUAAAGCAGGAGCACAGUCAGCUCAAAGAGAAGGAUACCGAUACGGAAUCAAUUGUUGGAGACCUACACGUCAAGCUUCAAAAAUGCAAAUCUGAGCUUGAAGCAGCUGUUUCUGCUGAAUCAAAAGCAGCAACAGCUUCUGAUGAUUUGAUCCUAGCUCUGCAACAGUUGUCAUCCGAGUCAAAAAAUGCCCUGCAGGAAGCUGAAAUGAUGCAGAAGAGUGCAGCAGAGUUGAGAGAUGAAGCUGAAGCAGCACGGGUUGCAUUAACAGAAGCCGAAGAAAAGUUGCAAUCUGCUUUGAAAGAAGCAGAAGAAGCAAAAGCAGCUGAAGCAAAGGCCCUUGAACAGAUAAAGCAACUAUCAGACAGGGCAAGUGCUGUUCGAGCCUCAACUUCUGAAUCUGGGGGAAAGAUCACAAUCUCAAAAGAGGAGUUUGAAUCCCUUAGCCGAAAGGUGGAGGAGUCAGAGAAAUUGAGUGAGAUGAAAGUAUCUGCGGCCAUGGCUCAAGUGGAAGCUGUCAGAGCCAGUGAGAACGAGGCAAUAAAGAAAAUGGAAACUGCCCGAAAAGAGAUGGAAGACAUGGAGUUGGCAACAGAGGAGGCACUGAAGAGGGCUGAAAUGGCUGAAGCAGCAAAGAAAGCUGUAGAAGGUGAGCUUAAGAGGUGGCAUGAGAGGGAACAGAAGAAAACUGCUGAGUCCCUGCCUUCGUCAGAAGCACAUGCAAGCACGCAGCCGCCUGUAUACAAAGCUUCUUCUGGAAAACCCACCGAGAGGAACGAUGGGCAACAAAGGAGCGGCAAAACGCUACUGAGGAAGAGCUUUGUGCUGCCAAACAUCACAAGCAUGUUCCAUAAGAAGAAGAACCAGGCCGAUGGCAGUUCUCCAUCAUACCUUCCUGGGGAAAAAUCUGUAUAAUAUCUUUCAUUCGCAUGUUGUGAAUUCAAAUUCGAGUACAUGGUUGGAUGCUACAACUUGUGUAAUAUAUCUGUGGUUGCAUGCAGGACAUUGCUGACGUAACUUUAUCCUGUUAUGUAUGUAUAUUUUACCUGGUAUUUUUUGUUAACUCUUUCGGGACAAUUGGAUCGGUACUUUGUAUGUCAAAUAUUCAGUGUCUUUUUGUUGAUAUACCAGUA